UGGUCGCCAGUAUCACAUCUAAAUUGUUACAUGGUGUACUUGUACAAUGAGAGAUGAUGAAAACACUUAACAGACUUUAGAGCAGUUUGCUAGUGGCCACCAUUUUACAAACAUGGAAGACUAUUGGGGUCUCGAAACAACAAAUGGAUUAAAUUGCACCCCGCCGGCAAUCGAUGACUUCCCAAGAGAUUACUUCACAGAGGAACAAAGGCAGGCCGGAGCCGUAGUACUUCAUGUUGUAGCCAGUUUAUAUUUAUUUGGAGCACUAGCUGUUGUAUGUGAUAAAUAUUUUGUACCUGCAGUCGAAAAAAUAUGUCACGCUUUGAAUAUGUCAAACGAUGUGGCGGGGGCGACGUUCAUGGCAGCAGCAACCUCAGCGCCGGAGCUCUUCGUCAACGUGAUAGGAACUUUUAUAACAGAGGGAGACAUUGGCAUUGGGACUAUAGUAGGGUCGGCUGUUUUCAACAUUUUAGCAGUGGCUGCAUGUUGUGGAAUCGGCGCGGGAAUGGCAGUUCCAUUGGAUUGGUGGCCAUUAACGAGAGACUGCCUGGCGUAUGGAAUAACGGUGGCUAUUCUUAUUUGUAUCAUACAUGACGAAAGGGUGGAGUGGUAUGAAGCGUUGACAUUGGUGCUUCUCUAUAUAGUUUACAUAGCAGUCAUGUACUAUGACAAAUCGUUCCAGAAGUGUGCUCGAGGUGGUGUGAAUCAUGCAAAGGCACGGAGAUCACAAGAUAGUAGUUUUCAAUCGAAAACUAGUGCGGAUCAAGAAGCCAUAGAAACGCAUUUGCCCUUACGCAUAGAGCACUUCCAGCAAAACGGUAACAUUAAGAAUAUCACUCACAUAGAUUCCAGUAAUAAUGAACUCUCUUCGGGAGUUGAUCCGCAAAAGAAUAAUGCAAAGGCAUGCGACAACUUCGACCACAAUGAAGGACAAAUGAAUGACCUCAACGUCGAGAGUAAUGUUGAUCCUCAUAAAGAACAACCUCAGGAAGAAGAAAAAGAUGAAGGAUACUCGCUGAUAAGAUUUCCCACAAAGAAAGGUUGCUUACGACAAAUAAUGUGGAUAGUCAUUUGGCCGAUUCAUUUCCUCUUUUUCUUCACCAUUCCGGACUGCGAGCGACCGAGAUUGAAAAAGUUAUUUCCACUUACGUUUUUGAUGUGUAUAGUGUGGAUUGGAUCACUGUCGUACAUGGUCGCUUGGAUGAUUACUAUAAUCGGAGAUACAUUGAAGAUUCCAGACUCAGUCAUGGGGAUAACAUUCUUGGCAGCCGGAACCAGCGUUCCAGAAGCCGUGUCCAGUGUGAUAGUAGCAAAACAAGGCCACGGGUCCAUGGGAAUUAGUAACUCUAUUGGCUCCAAUACGUUCGACAUUCUCUUGUGUUUAGGACUGCCUUGGUUAAUCAAAGCGGCUUUCUUGCCUAUCGAGCGUGGCCAUCAUUGGGUUGGUAUCAAUUCGGCAGGACUCGAGUACUCCGCCAUAUCGUUACUGUCCACCCUGCUAAUGCUCUAUAUAACAUUUUCACUGAAUAAAUUUAAACUGGACCGGAGAGUAGGACACGCCUGUCUUAUUAUGUACGCGGUCUUCCUGAUCCUAGCGAGUUUAAUCGAACUAAAUGUAUUCUUCCGAGUAAACCUACCAACGUGUGGCCGGUGAGAAUGAAAGUUAGAAGACGAGUUUAUUGAAUAUUUUUGAAAGGAAACCUAUCAUUAUGGAGUUCUUGCUUACUUUUCAAAAUUUUAAUAUUUGUUCUGUUAGUGGUAAGACGUAGAUUAGCAGUUUUUCGAAAAAGGACUCCGUGGAGCAAACUCCAUCUAUUACGGAUUGAUAAGUGCCAAUGUGGAAAGCAUACUUUAGUGCUUGCAUAGAAGAACAGAUAGGCACCAUGUAUUUUUGAAUUGUUUGGAUAAAAGUUGAUAGUUUCAUUAUGUUAAUCAUUGUUCAAAGUAGAGAUGGAACGUGACCAAGAAUCUUUCCUUUCAAUGCCACUUGCUGAAUUACUUUCGUUCUUACGUAAACACAAACGCGAAUAGUGCUGUAAAUAUUCGAUGUAAAAGUCAUUAAUAAGGUUGGGUACAACAAACCAUCACUAACAUAAUUAUAAUUUGUAGACAAUUUAAGUGUUAGUGUUAAUGUCACAAUAAUGCAGACUGCAUUGUCGCAUUGGUAGCUAAGUUAGUGGAAAUAAGGCAGUGAAUGUGCUUUACUGACAUGAAACGUAAAAUAUGCAAUAGCUUAUGAACAAUUACUUCAAUUUGAGUAGCGAUUUCCCUGUGUAUAUUUUUACAUCAUGUAUCGUGAAUAUAAACUGUUUUAUAGGUUCAUAUGUUUAAGUAACUUAAGGUCACAGAGUAUUAAAUAAAAUUUAGAACGAA